AUGUAAAACAAUUACGACCAACUAUUAGAAGAAACCAAAACAAAGAUCCUUGCUAUGGUUGAACUUAAACCAGAAAACCAAUGGACUUUAGAGUCUAACAAAGAUGGCUAUGUAAUUUAGACCAAAACCAAUCCUGAAAAUGGUCUAAAAAUCAACAGAACUGAAACUAAUGCUGAUGUAAAUCCAGAAGAGUUUGUAAACUUUGUAAUUGAUAUGACCAGAAAACAUGAGUACGAUUCACAUUUAUAAGAGGGAAAAUUAAUAGAAAAAGUGGAUCAAAACACUUUCAUAUUUUAUGCAAAGGGAAAACCUCCCGCAAUCUUAGUAGAUGCUAGGGACUUCUGUAUGGUGAGUCGAGUAUACAAAUUAGGUGAACAUCAUUUUAUGACUAUAUCUAAGUCAAUCGAGCAUCCUUAAGCACCAUUAGUCAAAGGAAUUCAAAGAGGAGAGGUUGUAUUCUAAUCUUGGAUUGUAAAGAAAUUACCUAAUGGACAAACAAAUCUUAUUAGUAUAGCUAACAUGAAUCCAAAGGGUGAUAUUCCUAAGGCUCUGAUUAAUCAAGGUGCUUAAAAAUAAGCAGAAGGAGUCAAGAAAUCAAUUGAAUAUUGGAUAAAGAAUAUAAAAAAAUGA